CGAGCCAGCCAGGAGGAAGGUUUGAAGAACUUCCAGCACGAGAGUGAAGCAGAAGCCUGGUUAGCGCCAUUAGCGGCUAACGUUAGCGCUACCGCACCGCUGAAGAAAAACCUUUCUCCAAGCACCGGACCUAAAAUCUGACGGACUAAAGACAAGCUUGUGAGUACCCACAAUGGAGGUAGAAGCCCUACGAGAUAAGAUCACCGCCACACUCUGCCAGCUAAGUCGUGAUCAGCUCAUAGAAGUGGGUUAUAAUGUGAAAGGCUUUGCUACACCGCUAGAUGAGCCUACAAAAGACACUUCCAGACGCCAACUGAUGAAAGUUAUAGAACAUAAACUGGACGAGGUGGAAAACAGUUAUACACCAGACGAUGCUGUACAGUUUGUGAAAGAACUUUUAUCGUUUUUGGGCGAAUAUAAAGCUAAAGACAAUGCGGCCGAGAGUGAUUUUUCCCGCCCUUCAGACGAAAGAGACAAGUAUGACGAGCUGCAGGAAGAAAUUAGAGCGAUAGGGCAGAAACUCAAGAUGGCGGACGCUGCCCCGAGCCUCGGCCAGAACCUGCCGUCUUCUAAAGUACCAGAGGUGACAAUUCGCAGGGAGUUUCGCAUCUGUGGCCAAAUAGGUGAGGGAGGGCAGCGCGAUCGGCUGUCCUAUACCAACCUGCUGCAUCAGAUGGAAAACGGACUCCGCAAAGGCCACAGUGAGUCAGAAGUUAUUGAAGCAGUGAUAAGAGCCAUCAAUCCAGGUCUCAAACUGCGUGAUAUGCUUGAAAUAAAGACUGAUUUGACACUCACACAGUUAAAGACAAUAUUAAAAGGACAUUACAGAGAAGAUGACACAUCUGAUUUGUACCAAAAGCUGAUAAAUAUUUCCCAAGAUCCAAAAGAGUCAGCUCAAGACUUUUUAUUCAGAGCCAUUGAGCUUAAAGA